AUGUGUCCCACUGUCCCAGAACUGUCCCUGCAGCUGUCCCUGGACAUCCGGGGUGGGGGGGCGCUUCUGUACAGGGCUGCUGAUGUGAGAACUGCUCAGGCCACAGUAGCUGAGCGAGCACCUGACAACACUCGUGUUAACAAUGAGAACGUCGUCAAAGUUGGCCACAGGCAGGUGGUGAACAUGAUCCGCCAGGGAGGAAACCACCUCGUCCUUAAGGUUGUCACAGUGACCAGGAAUCUGGACCCCGAUGACACAGCCAGGAAGAAAGCUCCCCCUCCUCCAAAGCGAGCGCCGACCACUGCCCUCACCUUGCGCUCCAAGUCCAUGACCGCAGAGCUGGAGGAGCUCGUGGAUAAAGCCUCGGUCUGGAAGAAGAAGGAUAAACCAGAAGAGAUAGUCCCGGCCUCCAAGCCCUCCCGGACUGCGGAGAACGUGGCUGUGGAGUCAAGAGUGGCGACCAUCAAGCAGCGGCCCACCAGCCGGUGCUUCCCAGCAGUCUCGGAUAUGAAUUCUGUGUACGAACGCCAAGGGAUCGCUGUGAUGACGCCCACUGUUCCCGGGAGCCCAAAAGGCCCAUUUCUGGGCCUCCCUCGAGGUACGAUGCGAAGGCAGAAAUCGAUAGACAGCAGAAUCUUUCUAUCAGGAAUAACGGAGGAAGAGCGACAGUUUCGCCCUCCGAUGCUAAAGUUCACCAGAAGCCUGUCCAUGCCCGACACCUCCGAGGACAUCCCCCCUCCACCUCAGUCUGUGCCUCCAUCUCCCCCACCACCUUCCCCUACCACCUACAACUGCCCCAAGUCCCCGACUCCAAGAGUCUACGGGACUAUUAAACCCGCGUUCAAUCAGAAUUCUGCUGCCAAGGUAUCCCCAGCCACCAGGUCGGACACGGUGGCCACCAUGAUGCGGGAGAAAGGGAUGUUCUACAGGAGAGAGCUGGACCGCUACUCCCUGGACUCCGAAGACCUCUACAGCCGGAAUGCCGCCCCCCAGGCCACCUUCCGCAACAAGCGAGGCCAGAUGCCCGAGAACCCGUACUCGGAGGUAGGGAAGAUCGCGAGCAAAGCUGUCUACGUCCCUGCCAAGCCAGCCAGGCGGAAGGGCAUGCUGGUGAAGCAGUCCAACGUGGAGGACAGUCCCGAGAAGACGUGCUCAAUCCCCAUCCCAACCAUCAUUGUCAAGGAGCCCUCAACCAGCAGCAGUGGCAAGAGCAGUCAGGGCAGCAGCGUGGAGAUAGACCCCCAGGCCACAGAGCAGCCAGGCCAGCUGCGACCCGAUGACAGCCUAACUGUCAGCAGCCCUUUCGCUGCCGCCAUCGCUGGGGCUGUCCGCGACCGGGAGAAGCGGCUGGAAGCCAGGAGGAACUCCCCAGCCUUCCUCUCCACAGACCUGGGAGAUGAAGACGUGGGUCUGGGCCCACCCGCCCCCCGGAUGCGGUCCUCCAAGUUCCCCGAAGAGGGCGGGUUUGGUGAUGAGGAUGACAUCGAGCCGCCGGUGUCACCCACACCAGGCGCAACACCUAGGGAGCCAGAGAAUCACUUCAUGGGUGGUGGUGAGGCCAGUGCUCAGGGGGAGGCCGGGAGGCCCCUGAAUUCCACAUCGAAGGCCAAGGGGCCCGAGAGCAGCCCGGCAGCACCCCCCAAGAGCAGUGGCACAACCAGCCCUGAAAAUUACGUCCAUCCACUCACAGGGCGGCUGCUUGAUCCCAGCUCCCCACUGGCCCUGGCACUCUCGGCAAGGGACAGAGCCAUGAAGGAGUCCCAGCAGGGGCCAAAGGGGGAGGCCCCAAAGGCUGACCUCAACAAGCCUCUCUACAUUGAUACCAAAAUGCGGCCCAGCGUGGAUACUGGCUUCCCUCCGGUCACCAGGCAGAAUACCCGGGGGCCUCUGCGGCGGCAGGAAACAGAGAACAAGUAUGAAACGGACCUGGGCAAGGACCGGAGAGGUGAGGACAAGAAAAACAUGUUGAUCAAUAUUGUGGACACAGCACAGCAGAAGUCGGCUGGCCUGCUGAUGGUACAUGUGGACGCUGCCAAGGCGGUUGGCCCCCUGGAGGAAGAGGAGGAGACAGAGGACAUGGACAUGAAGCCAGAACACUUGCCCUCCGCGGUGCCAGAAGGUGUUUCCGAAACCGAAGGUGCUUUACAGAUCUCCGCUGCCCCCGAGCCCGCCGCACCCGGCAGGACCAUUGUGGCGGCAGGCUCCAUGGAAGAGGCGGUGAUUUUGCCAUUCCGCAUCCCUCCUCCCCCUCUGGCAUCCGUGGACUUGGACGAGGAAUUUAUUUUUACAGAGCCAUUGCCUCCUCCCCUGGAAUUUGCAAAUAGUUUUGAUAUCCCUGAUGACCGUGCUGCUUCUGUCCCCGCUCUCACGGACUUGGUCAAACAGAAGAAGAACGACACCCCUCAGUCCCCGUCGUUGAACUCCAGCCAGCCAGCCAACUCCGCAGACAGUAAGAAGCCAGCCGGCCUUUCAAACUGUCUGCCCACCUCGUUCCUGCCACCCCCGGAGAGUUUCGACGCCGUCACCGACUCCGGGAUUGAGGAGGUGGACAGUCGGAGUAGCAGCGACCACCAUCUCGAGACGACCAGCACUAUCUCCACAGUGUCCAGCAUCUCCACCCUGUCUUCCGAAGGCGGGGAAAGUGUGGACACCUGCACAGUCUAUGCAGACGGGCAAGCAUUUGUGGUUGACAAGCCCCCAGUACCUCCAAAGCCAAAAAUGAAGCCCAUAAUUCACAAAAGCAAUGCACUUUAUCAAGACGCGCUCCUAGAAGAGGACGCAGAUGGCUUUGUCAUCCCCCCACCUGCACCCCCACCCCCGCCGGGCAGUGCCCAGUCUGGGAUGGCGAAAGUCAUCCAGCCAAGGACCUCCAAGUUGUGGGGUGACAUCACAGAGGUCAAAAGCCCAAUUCUCUCAGGGCCAAAGGCAAAUGUCAUUAGUGAAUUGAACUCAAUCCUGCAGCAAAUGAACAGAGAGAAAUCAGCAAAGCCAGGGGAAGGACUGGAGUCACCGGCAGGAGCCAAGUCUGCCAGCCUUGCUCCCAGAAGCCCGGAGGUCAUGAGCACCGUCUCAGGUACACGGAGCACGACAGUCACCUUCACUGUCCGUCCUGGUACCUCCCAGCCCAUCACCCUGCAGAGCCGGCCCCCUGACUAUGAAAGUAGGACCUCAGGAACAAGACGUGCCCCAAGCCCUGUGGUCUCACCAACAGAGAUGAGCAAAGAGGUUCUGCCCACCCCUCUGUCUGCCGCCGCCGCCUCUCCUUCUCCCACACUCUCAGACGUCUUUAGCCUUCCAAGCCAGUCCUCUGCAGGGGACCUAUUUGGCUUGAACCCAGCAGGACGCAGCAGGUCACCAUCUCCCUCAAUACUCCAACAGCCAAUCUCAAAUAAGCCUUUUACAACUAAACCUGUCCACCUGUGGACUAAACCAGAUGUGGCAGAUUGGCUGGAAAGUCUGAACUUGGGCGAACACAAAGAGACCUUCAUGGACAAUGAGAUUGAUGGCAGCCAUUUACCAAACCUCCAGAAGGAAGACCUGAUAGAUCUCGGGGUGACGCGAGUUGGGCACAGAAUGAACAUAGAAAGGGCCUUGAAACAGCUGCUGGACAGAUAAGGAUGGCCGCUCUUUACCUUCACAGACUUCUUGUUAUAAGUA